AUGCCCAGCUCUGAUCAGCCUGCUUCCAUCGCAGAGUACCUCUACGGGUCGCUGGCCACGCUGGUGAUCUGCCUGGCCUCGCUGGUGGGCGCGGUGGUGGUGCUGUGCAGCCGCUGUCCCCGCACCCACCACUACGUGCUGCAGCUGCUGCUGGCGCUGGCCGUCGGCACGCUGACCGGCGACGCGCUGCUGCACCUCCUGCCGCAGUUCCUGCAGCUGCACUCGCACGCGGCCGGGGCGCACGCGCACGCGGCGGGGGCCGAGGGCACCUGGCAGCUGCUGGCGGUGCUGGGGGGGCUCUACGGCUUCUUCCUGCUCGAGGCCCUGCUCGGCAUCCUGGCGCCCGGAGGCUCUGAUCAGCCUGCUUCCAUCGCAGAGUACCUCUACGGGUCGCUGGCCACGCUGGUGAUCUGCCUGGCCUCGCUGGUGGGCGCGGUGGUGGUGCUGUGCAGCCGCUGUCCCCGCACCCACCACUACGUGCUGCAGCUGCUGCUGGCGCUGGCCGUCGGCACGCUGACCGGCGACGCGCUGCUGCACCUCCUGCCGCAG